AUGUCCGAAGCAAAGGCAGAACUGGCGGCAGAAAUAGCCAGUGGCGAUUCUCGGCGACAAUUUGUCAACGAUGAUUACACGGUUGGUUGGAUUUGCGCAAUAACGACUGAGCAUGUUGCUGCACGCGUUUUCCUCGACGAAGAACACGGGCUGCCUGAUUAUGUGUCUCCGAAUGACAAUAAUAGUUAUAUUCUAGGCAGGAUUGGAAAGCAUAAUAUUGCCAUUGCCGUCUUGCCCCUUGGAGAAUAUGGCCUCUCGUCGGCGGCAAGCGUAGCGAGAGAUAUGCUACAUACCUUUCCGAAUAUCAGGAUUGGCCUUAUGGUCGGCAUUGGGGGAGGAGCUCCGUCUGAGAAGCAUGAUAUUCGCUUAGGAGACGUAGUCGUCAGUGUCCCCCGCGACGGAAAUGGUUGUGUAUUUCAGUACGACUUUGGUAAAACUAUCCAAACUCAAACGUUUCAACAAACAGGGUUUCUCAACCAAGCACCAACGAUCUUAAGAACAGCCGUAAGCGGGCUUGAGAGUCAGUAUGAGAUAAACGAGCACCAAAUUGAAGAAACAAUUGACGGCAUUUUUAACAAAAUUCCAACGUUGAGAAAGAAAUACCAGCGACCGAAUCCUGACACGGAUAGGCUAUACCGAAGCAACAUUACUCACUCUCCCGCUCAAGAUAUAAAUUGCGGCACUCAUUGUGGCAAUGGUCAGCUGAAUCUGAUAGCACGCCCCAAACGAGAUGGCAACGAGAAUAAUCCAAUAGUUCACUACGGCUUGAUUGCUUCUUCGAAUCAGCUUAUGAGAAAUGCGGAGAUUAGAGAUAAAUUGGCUGCCGAAAGGGAUAUACUAUGCUUUGAAACAGAAGCAGCAGGCUUAAUGAACCAUUUCCCUUGCCUUGUGAUUCGUGGCAUAUGCGAUUAUGCAGAUACGCAUGCGAAUACAGAAUGGAGGGGCUACGCGGCGAUGGUGGCAGCUGCAUAUGCGAAAGACCUUCUAUGUCGAAUCCCUCCUAACCGGGUCGAAGUUUUACGAAAUGUGAAUGUUCUUUCAGGCAAGUCUCAAAGGUUUUACGAUGAUGAUACGGAUACCGGAAUUGCAUAUAUUUACUUUGACUACCGCCAGAAAGAAGAAACGGCCGAAAGAUUACUUCGAAACCUGUUGAAGCAGUUGGCACAGAAGAGAAGCUCCCUACCAACUUGCGUCAGUGCCAUGCACAAGCAGGACACGGACCAGGGAAUUCCACCGUCAUUGGAGGCAAUAUCACAGGCGUUUCAGACUGUGGCAAGAGAUUAUUCACAAACUUUCAUCAUUCUUGAUGCGAUUGACGAGUGUACUAUUUACAAUGACUGUCGGAUGAGAUUCCUAGAGGAAAUCCUCAACCUUCGCAAUAAAUCGGCGGCGAAUAUCUUUGUAACCUCCAGGCCCAAUACAGAGAUCGCGAACAGAUUUAAAAGCGGCACAUUCAUGGAAAUAAGUGCGAGAGGAGACGACAUACGACAAUAUCUAAAUGGAAAUAUGGAUCACUUGCUAUCUGAUAGCGUUCGCAAUGACUUGGAAUUGAGAACUGAGAUUGAGAAGGCAAUCGUUGGCUCGGUGCAGGGAAUGUUUCUUCUUGCCAAGCUCCAUCUCAACUCAUUAGCCGGAAAAUUUACCAUUAAAGAUAUCCGGAACACACUCGAAAAGCUAUCAGUUGGGUCGGAGGCCUACGACGAUGCCUAUAAAGGUAUGAUGCAGCGUAUAGACAGUCAAAACCAGCAGAGAAGAGAGUUGGCCAGGAGGGCCUUGUCAUGGAUUGUGUAUGCAAAGAGGCCACUGUCUACAACGGAGCUCCAACAGGCUCUUGCAGUGGAACAUUGGCACCACGAACUUGACGACCGAAAUUUCACAAGCAUCGAAGACAUUGUUAGUGUGUGCGCGGGCUUGGUUACUGUUGUUCGACAAUCUGAUCAACCAUCUGGUCGCCAAUCCAGUAUCGUCCGACUUGUUCACUGCACUGCACAAGACUACUUCGAGCGGACUCAGGCAGAAUGGUUCCCGGACGCAGAGAGCGAAAUCACAAAUUCUUGCAUCACUUAUCUAUCAUUCAGCAUCUUCCACAGCGGAUUCUGUACUACAGAUAAGGACUUUGAGGAACGACUGGCGUCCAAUCCAUUUUACAAUUAUGCUGCUCAUAAUUGGGGGUAUCAUGCUCAAAAUAUUACACCACUAUCACAGCAAGUCAUGGCCUUUAUCGGAUGUGACGCCAAGGUGCAAGCGUCGAGCCAAGUAUUAAUGACUAACAAACCGACCUGGAAAGACUCGAAUUACAGCCAACAAUUUCCCAAGAGGAUAAUCGGACAACAUCUGGCAGCGUAUUUCGGAAUUGGAGAACUAUUUGAAAGCGCAUUCGACGACCAAUCGCUAGAUGCAGAUGAUGGCCUUGGCCGGACACCGCUUUCAUAUGCUGCUGGUAAUGGGCACGAGACGGUGGUCAAGUUUCUGCUUCAAGGGCAAAACGUCUAUCCCAACUCUCGAGAUAACGAUGGGCAAACACCACUUAUGUGGGCAGCCAAGAGCGGACACUAUACCGUCACAAAAUUAUUACUAAUGGCUGAUGGGAUUGAUGCCAAUGUCAGAGAUCGCCUUGACCAGACGGCGCUGCUUCUUGCUGUUAAAAACGGACAGGAAUCAGUGGUCAAAUUACUUCUUCCUGUUAGUUGUGCCGUCCUCAAUGCAGGAGAUGAUCGUUAUCAGACGCCGUUGUGGUGGUCCGUCCGAAACGGAGAUACUUCUAUUACAAGAUUGCUCCUUGACGUUAGAGAUGUCAACAUUAAUACGAAGAAUAAUUAUGACCAAACGCCUCUCUGGUGGGCAGCUCGAAAUGGAGAUGAAGAAGCCAUCAGCCUUCUCCUUGAAAGGGAAGAGCUCAAUGUCAAUUUUAAAGAUAAAGAAGGCCACUCACCGUUGGGAAGAGCAGCUCAAAGGGGCCAUGAGGCGGUAAUUAAGCUCCUGCUAGCCAAAGGGGAUAUCGACGUUAACUCUGCAGAUCACUACGGCCACACACCAAUAUUGCUAGCUGCGAGAAAUGGGCAUGCGAAGGUAGUAAAACUGCUUCUCGAUUUCUCUACCGUUGAUGUAAAUGCUAUGGAUAAGAGUGGUAGAAAUCCGCUUUUAUGGGCUAUUAAAAACGGACACAAAGAUGUUAUUGUUCUUUUGCUUUCUCAUGUCAACAUCAAUGUGAAUGCGAAAGACUACAACGACCAGUCGCCGCUACUAUAUGCGACAACUUACGGGCAUGAGACUGUAGUUCAGGAGUUGCUCGCUAUUGAGAGCAUCGAUGUUAAUGCCAAGGAUAGCUAUCAUCAGACCCCGCUUCUCUGUGCGGCGGAAAGAGGGCAUGAAGAAAUAGUCAAGAUGUUACUUGCUCAGGUGGACAUCGAUGUUGAUGCCACAGAUCGUUACCACCAAACCCCACUGUGGUGGGCGGCUGCGAAUGGGAAUAAAUCGGUCGUCAAACGUCUUUUAGGCAAACAAGGAGUCGAUAUGAACGCUAAGAAUGCAUUUCAACAGACACCCUUGCUAUGGGCAGCUCGCAACGGCAACGAGACUAUAACAGAGCUACUCCUCUCUGUACCUGGCAUUGAUGUUAACGUCAAAGAUAACGAUGGCUUGACGCCUCUAUGGUGGGCCAUUAAGAAGGUAUACAAGACAGUAGUUCAGCUGCUCCUUGACAAUGAUGGCGUUGAUGUUAACCUCAGGAAUGAAGUUGGUCAGACGCCUCUUCUAUAUGUGACCAUGGAGGGAUAUGCCGCAAUAGCUGAGCUUUUAAUUGCAAGGAGUGAUACCGAUGUGAGCGCAAUAGACAGAAAUGGGCAUACCUCUUUGGAACUUGCAAUGCAUUAUUCAAUGGGGAGCAGGUCAUCAUUAAGCGAAGAGCAGGAGAGCAGAAAGGCAAGAGGAAAGAAGGGUGGCAGUCGUUUGCCCCCAACACAGUCACAGACUACUGCUGAUAGCACAGAGAGGGACAAAAUACCACUGUCAUGGGAAGCUAGGAAACGAUAUGAGGCAGUUUUCAAAUUGCUUCUAACUGCCCGUGGAACUAAUGCAAAUGCCAGAGAUAACUAUGGCCAAACACCUUUGCUAUGGGCGGCUAAAAAGGGUCACGAAGGAUUGGUGAAGAUAUUGUUAGAGACGGAAGGCAUCGAUGUCAAUCAGACUGAUGAUUCUAAUAAAUCGCCACUAAUAUGGGCAACUGCAGGAAAUCACACAGCAGUGGUUCAGCUAUUAUUAAGUAGCGAUGAUCUCAUCCUUCAUGCUGGGGAUGAGUUUGGUCAAAGUCCUUUAUGGUGGGCAAUUGAGAUGCAGAACGAGGUGGUGGUUGAGCUGCUAUUACUGCGAGAAGAUGCCAACGUUCGCAAGAGUAUCAAUCAACAGAUGCUGAGAAAGGCCUCAGAUAAAGGAAACAGAAGAAUCCUCGGGUUACUCAUAUCCACAAAAGGCACUGAUAUCAACGAAGAGGAUGAUGAAGGCCUUACAUUUCUCUUGUGGGCGACUCAAGGCAGAAGAAUCGACACAGUUGGAUUGCUCUUGGCUCUGAACCCGGACGUGGACGUCAAUGUCGAAGAUUACCAUCGUCAAACGCCACUAUGGUGGGCUGUACAAAAUGGAGAUGAGGAAAUAACCAGGCUACUUCUUACCAGGGAUGGCAUUGAUGUUAAUGCGAGAAACAUGAUGCGCCAAACGCCACUCUUGUGUGCUAUUGGCAACAUGAACUUGGCUAUUGUUAAGUUGUUGUUAAAAAACGAAACAACCGACGUCAAUGGGAAAGACAGCUUCGGUCGGUCGCCGCUCUUGCUAGCUGAAUACUACCGACAGCAGAUCAGGCAUUCGCGGAGCAAAGAUGCCAAGUAUUUUGGCAGACGUUCACGCGUUCUCCUGGAAGCGCCGUCUCAUCCAGGUGAUCCGGAAUCUAUCGAGUCUCCAUAUGAACGACCCUCAAGGAUUGAUGCGGACCAUGCGAGUGACACCCAUGAAUCGCCCGAACCACACACCAGGCCAUAUGGACAUGAGCCAUACGAAUCGGAUGAAUCAGAUGAUCCAGACAAUUUAGAUGGAAACAUGCUGUUAGGCAAGGAAGACGGCUUCAAAGACAUCAUUGAGUUACUGCUAGCCAGGAGCGAUAUCGAUACCGACGCCACGUGGCCAAACGGCCUGAACCUCUUAUGGUCUGCCGUUAUCCACAGAGAUAGGGCCCUCAUCAAGUUACUUGUAACUCAUGAGCGUGUGGACAGCAACCCCCGGAACGACCUUGACCAAACUCCCCUGAUAUGGGCCGUUUCGAAGGGCGACGUGGCAAUGGUUAAAACGCUCGUGUGCAAUGGAAGCAGCGUCAAUAUCAAUGCUCUACAACGAACGCCUCAUACUCGUGGGACAGCUCUAUUGCAUGCAGUUCGCAGGAACUACACAACAAUCAUCAAAGUGCUACUUGUUCAGGAUGAGAUUGAUAUAAAUGCUAGAGACGAAAAAGGUCGCACAUCGCUCUCGGUUGCGGCUUUCAAUGAGAAAGAAGGCAUUGUCAAGACAUUGCUUGGGCAAAAAGACAUUGACAUUAACCCGGAAGAUGAUGACAAGUGUACGCCACUUAUGCAUGCUAUGCGCAAACAUAAUGCACCAAUCGCAAAGUUAUUGCUAGCUAUUGACAAUAUUGAUGUCAAUGUGGCAGAUGUACAAGGUCGGACGCCUAUAUGGUUCGCUACAAAAUGGAACGAGGAGCUGAUCCGGCUUCUGAUCAAACGGGGAGCCAAAGUCAAUUACACCGAAAGGUCCGGCCAAUCGCUAUUAUCCUGGUUUGCUGAAGACGGAAAUGAGGUGGCAAUCCGUGUUAUACUUACUAUGGAGGAUAUUGAUAUCAAUAUCAGGGACAAGACAGGCGGCAAGACGCCCCUUUUCCAUGCGGCCGAAAACGGACAUGAGAAAAUCGUGAGGCAGCUGCUUGAGAGAGAUCGCUAUGAGAUCAACACCAAGGACAAGUCUGGCCAAACGCCGCUUUUGGCUGCGAUUUCAAAGGGCCAUACAUCAGUUGUGAAUGUAUUGCUCGGCGAAGAAGCUAUCGAUGUGAAUGCCCGGGAUUCAGCUAAUGUGACAUGCUUAUGGCUGGCUGCUCAAGGUGGUCAUGCUAAGAUAGUUGAGCUACUAUUAUCGAAAAAUAUUGAAGUUAAUCCAACAAAUGUCGUCAACCAAACUGCUUUAUCAGAGGCGGUUCGGCAAGGUCAUGAAGAGAUCGUCAGACUUCUCUUAGCGUCGGAAAGCAUCAACAUCAACAUUCGAGACGGACAGGGUAGAACCGCGCUGUGGUGGGCUGUUAAAAACUUUUCUGUUAAAAAACCCUCUGUUGCAAUCAUUGAGCUAUUACUCGCUCAUGAUGAUAUUGGGAUUAAUUUACCAAACAACGCUGGUCAGACACCGCUGCUAAACGCGGUAACUCGUGGCCUUGAGAAAGUGGUCCGGUUACUUCUUGCCACCGAUGGAAUCGACAUUAAUAUGAAAGAUGAAGAAAAAUUAACACCGUUGCUCUCGGCAGCCGAAGAGGGUGAAGAGGUGAUAGCGGGGCUACUCCUUGCCAAAGGCGUCAAAGAUAUCAACGCAAAGAAUAAGGACAGCGAAACAUCGCUGUUUCUGGCUUGCAACCAAGGCAAUCAAAAAUUGGUUGAGAUGCUUCUUGCCCAGAAAUAUAUCGAUGUUAACUCUGGGGAUAGAGACGAUUUAACGCCGUUAAUUGUCGCAUCAGCUCACGGACGCUUAAAUAUAGUUCAGCAACUUCUUUCACGGCAAGAUAUUCAGAUCAAUUGGAGAGAUAGUAAUGGUCGAACAGCAUUACAAUCAGCUUCGGUAAAGGGACAUUUGGAAAUUGUGCAAUUACUACUUGGUCAAAAAGAUAUCAACGUUAACGCACGAGAUAAGGACAGAGUAUCAACCUUACACUCGGCCGCAGCAAACGGACAUUUACAAAUUGUUGAACUACUUCUCAAUCAAGAAACUAUCGACAUAAACGCACAGGAUAGCAAGGGUCAAACGCCAUUGCAAUCAGCUUCAGUAAACGGACAUACGCAAAUUGUACAAGCACUGCUCAAUCAAAAAGUUAUCGAUGUCAACAUGAGAAAUGACGAGGGCCAAACGUCGCUGCAAUUGGCCGCAGCCAAGGGACACCUAAAAAUCAUCCAACUACUGCUCAAUCGAAAAGAAAUCGAUGUCAACGACAAGGCCAAUAUCGGCUUUACAACGCUGCGCUCAGCUUUGAGAGGUGGCUACUUCCAAAUUGUUCACCUGCUUCUCGUUCAAAAUAAUAUAAACAUCAAUAUUAAAGAUACCACUGGCGAUACGCUAUUACAUACGGCUUCAGCAAAUGGACAUUUACGGAUUGUCCAAUUGUUGCUCGAUCAGAGAAAUAUUGACGUCAAUACUAGAGACAAUGAUAAUAAUACGUCGCUACAUUUAGCUGCAGACAAUGGACACCUUCAGAUUAUUCAAUUGCUUCUUGGCCAUAGCAGUAUUGACAUCAAUUCUGAGGCUCAAAAACUUACAACACCACUACAUAUAGCCUCCAGAAAGGGUUACCACCAAAUUGUUCAACUACUGCUUAGUCAAAACAAGAUCAAUGCCGACGUUGAGGACUACGAAGGUCUAACACCACUACAUCUGGCUUCAAGAAAGGGGCACUUCCGAGUCGUUCAAAUUCUGCUUAGCCAAGGCGUCAAAAAUGUCAAUUCCAAAGACAGAAGUGGUUUUACCCCACUUCAUUAUGCUUCUGAGAGUGGAUAUGUUAGAAUUGCCAAGUUGCUUCUUGAACAUGGCGCCAAUACAGACAUGUGUGAUAAUAUGCAUUGGACGGCAUUGCACUUUGCUUCGGCUGAGGGGCAUUUCAAAGUAGCCAAACUCCUGUAUGAGAAUGGCGCUGACAUAACGAGGACUGAUCUUGAAGGCUGGACAGCAGCGCUCCUGGCUUUGAAUAAUGGCUAUAGUACAAUAGCUGACCUGCUUUUACGAUAG